GCGAGCGCUCCUCUCUCUGCGCGUGCUGCUGCCAGUUCCGUGUCGGCCGCGAGUUUACCAGCCACGCACUGCCUGCACGCGCUCAAUCCGCCGCCGGGCUGCAACGAUGUGACUCUCUCUGGCUUUCCGAAAGCCCUUUUUCCGGUCUCCAUUAACGGCCCAGCACAGAGCGAGGCGAGGGGAUUCGUAACGGGUCACUCUCUCAACAAUAAUGUCUUCAGAACGGAGUUACAGCUGCCUCAAAACCGAGGCCAUGACAGAAUCACCGUGGCACCCCUGUGUCGGUGCACAGGCAGCGCUGUGACUCUAGCUUGCGAUCUCCUGACCUCUGUGACCUUUGAGUCGAGAUGGCGACCCACAGAAAGCACCUGGUCCGAGAUUUCAACCGAUACAUCACCUGCUCAAUCUGCCGUGGGUAUCUGAUAAAGCCCACCGCUGUCACAGAAUGCCUGCACACUUUUUGUAAGAGUUGUAUCGUUCAGCACUUUGAGGAGAGUAAUGAGUGUCCGGAAUGUGGGAUACAAGUCCAUGAAACCAACCCUUUAGAGAUGCUGAGGUUAGAUAAGACCCUGGAGGAGAUCAUUUUCAAGCUGGUGCCUGGACUAAGAGAGAAGGAGGAACAACAGGAAAGUGAGUUUUGGAGAAAAAAUAAGAUCAAAUCAAACGGAGAAGAUGGCCCUAGAGCUAAGAAAGCUCGUCUAAGUGAUGAAGAGGACGAUGAUGGGAAAGGUGGAGACUACCACAGGAGUGAUCCUCAGAUUGCUAUUUGUCUGGAUUGUCUACGAAACAAUGGCCAAUCAGGAGAAAGCAUAGUUAAGGGUUUAAUGAAGAAAUUCAUCCGUUGCUCCACCCGUGUGACGGUGGGAACCAUUAAGAAGUUCCUCUGUGUAAAACUGAAGCUGCCAAGCUCUUAUGAGCUCGAUGUUUUGUGUAACGGAGAGAUCAUGGGCAAAGACCACACCCUGGAAUUCAUCUACCGUACUCGAUGGAGACUUCAGGGUGACAGUGCUUAUCCCAUGGUUCUCGAGUACCGUCCAAGAAUCGACUUCGGUUAAACAGCACUUACAGCUUUGCGGAAAUCUCAUGCAGACUCAUGUCGAGAGAUGAACAAAAAGCAGAAAAACUGAAUGAUUGUGCCUCCGUUGAAAGACAACAACACAAAGCCCCAUGACUGACAGGACUGCUCUCUUCUUCCUGUGCACUGCUUCAGCCUCUACUCCUCCAUUCCUCCCUCCUUCUUGUUCCUGUUUGACAGUUGUGGCUCCACCCACUGGCACUGUAUCAAGUUUGAUGAUUAUAUUCCUCCAAAGCUUUCUCUGCAUGUUGUCUCUAUGACGACGCCUUAGCGUAGAGCGGCCCGUUGGGAUUAUCUGAUAGCAAUCUAGCACAGACAGUAAGCAAAAAACUCAGCGUCCCGGCCAGGUGACAGGAGUGAGGGGAAAUGGAGACGUUUUUAAGAAGAAGUCUUACUAGGUUUUAGAUUAGCCGUUUUUAUCCAAGAGUUUGCACUAGAGGCGAAUCCAAAUGUCUCGCUGUAUUAUUGCUGUUCUGCGUUACCUUUACACUCUCUCUUUUUCCUUUUAGUUACUUUCCUCUCUUGCUCUCACCGCCCACACUGUCCCUCAUAAAUUCAGUGGCUCUUUUUCAUGUCAUCAUUCUCUCUCCUUUUCGUUUGCUCACACAAACUCACUCUCUCUUUCUCAGCCGCUUUCCAUCUUCCCUCACACUCUCUCAUUUUUCUCCAAUGGUGUUUUUGGCUCUGGUCUGAAGUAUUGAUGGAUCUCAUUCAGUUGGAAUUGAAUGAGAGCGCUGUAGAUGUCCCAAAAUAACAGCCUUGAAAGGCACUCUGGGUAAGCGCUUUUCCUUCACAUCGAGCUGAGGCCAAAUCUUGCAUUUACCCAAACCAGAUCAUUAUCUUAAUAGAAUUGAUCUAACAAUAACUGAUGCCAGAUAUGCUUAAUGCAGUAAUUCACUGAGAAAUCUCAUCUUUAAAAACAGUUGAAUGGGGAAUGACUGAAGUGUGCCAGCUGCAUCUCUCUAAGAGCAGCUUUGGCUCACAGGCUAAACAUUCUGUUGUUUCCUGUUUAAUUAGAAAUGAGAUAAAACAAUCAAAUUCACCUCAACAGAUAUUUGAAUCUUAAAAGCAGCUCCAGAAUGUUAAUAAUACACGUUUUACAGUGGAUUUCGAGUGUUGUGUGGGAAAACAACUGUAUAGUCCGAACUGAUAUUUCUCAAUGUGAUUUUCCACUUUCGCAGCAUAUAGCAAGUCAUGGACAUGUUUGUGAGAGAGUUCGAGGUUCGAGAUUCAAUCUUCACGUUGUUUUAAAUGUUCUAGUUAAGAGUGUUACUUUGGAGCAUUAGUUCAGAUAAGGUCAUAGGUUAACUUUCUAUGUUUACAUGACAAUGUUAAUCUUUAAUGUAUGUGUAGUAGCCUAUGAUAGGAGUAUUCCAUUUGAAUUCAUAAUUAUAAGGAAUAAGUGAACACCAAACUGUUGCCAAAUUUUAUGCACAUUCCCAGAAUGCUUUUUGAGAAUUAAAGGGAUGGUUCACUCAAAAAUGAUAUUUGUGUCAUCAUUUACUUACCCUCAGGUUAUUAAAAAACUUGUAUGAGUUUCUUUUUUUUUUUUUAAAUAUAUAUAUUUUUUGUGUUCAAUAGAGGAAAUAAACUUGCACGGGGCUGAAACAACUUGAGGGUAAGUAAAUGAUGACAGGAUUUUCAUUUUUGGGUGAACUGUCCCUUUAAGGGUUCAAAACAUGGAGCUUUGCCAAUUUUAUUCCUCAGAAAAUUUUAUAUGAUGGUACUCAGUGAGGAACAGAAUUACAUUCGUUUUGGAUCAUCUCAGGUGAUGACAACUGGUGAAAUGAGGGUUUGUUCUCCACUUCAGCUUUGGAAUCAAGCAAUCAUAACAGUGGGUUUUAGAGAUGCUGUAAGUCAAUACAGUUAAUCAAAAGAUGCAUACAGAAUGAGACUGAAUAUCUUGGCAAUGCCGUUUUCAGUGGAUUGUACCCAUAUGUACCAAUAGUGGAAAUAUGUUUGUCCAAAUGUUUCUUCUGACAAGCUAAACCUUCAUGUUAUACCAACAUGAUCUUAAAAAUCCUCUGCACUCUCUGUCAGUUCAGUGGAAUUGUUGAUGUUGUUGUUUAGGACAAAGGCCACUGGCUGCUCUCCAAAAUCCAAUUUCCUCCCCACUAAGAAAACAUGCAAAUCAAAUAUGAAGUGUCUUUGAGCUCUGAUUAUAAAUACAAUGUAUUUUUGUAUGUUGAAGCACUUAUGUAUAUUUGAACCUAUAAUCAAAAGAUUUUAUGUCAAUGCUUGUCCUUUUCCUAAUAGAUGAUGCUGCUUGGGGUAAUUUAUUCUUUUUUUAUACGUCCCACCGCCUGCUAUAUGUGUUCCCCUUGUAAAUGUUCGCACUGUACAUGAAAAGCUUCCUAAUGCUGUUCAUGACCUAUUGUUAUUUAAUUAAUGAACAUUAAAAUAUGAAAAACAGUC